GAUGAAGAAGUCAUAAAUGAUGCUUUCUUCAGGGCCUUCAAAGUAUGGAGUGAUGUCACGCCACUCACUUUUACUCGCAUCAUGGAUGGAGAAGCAGACAUCAUGAUUAAUUUUGGCCGCAAUGAGCAUGGAGAUGGUUACCCCUUUGAUGGCAAGGAUGGCCUCCUGGCUCAUGCCUUUGCUCCAGGCCCAGGAAUUGGUGGAGACUCUCACUUUGAUGAUGAUGAGCAGUGGACACUCGGAGAGGGGCAAGUGGUGAAGGCGAAAUUUGGCAAUGCUGAUGGCGAGUUUUGUAAAUUCCCUUUCCUGUUCAUGGGCACUGAGUACAACAGCUGCACAGCUCAGGGUCGUGAUGACGGUUUCCUAUGGUGUUCCACCACUUACAACUUUGAAGAAGAUGGCAAAUAUGGCUUCUGCCCUCAUGAAU